GUCGGGGUCAGUGUAGCGUUAUUCUGUUGAUAUUCGUUUAUUUUAUGUUUUCUCUUUUUGAUUUUCAUUACUUUUCUAAUUAAAUUAUUUUUAUAAAAUUUAGUAUUUUCAUCAUAUUUUUAGACGUUUAUGCCAAUCAAUUUAUUUUUAAAUAUUUUUAGACACAUUUUAAUUGAUUUUAAAUUUUCUAAAAAUGCUUUGUUUACCAACGGAAAUUAAGCUUGACAUUUUAAAAUUCCUCAAUUAUAAACAAUUAUGUUCAAUCAAACAAACUAAUUUAUAUUUUUAUGAUUUUAUUAAUAAAUAUGAAGGAGAGCUUGCUAAAGAAAUAUUAUAUGGAAUUUAUAUUGACGAUAUUAAAAAUGUAUAUCCUGAUAAAAUAAUUAAACUAAACGUUAAUAACCUUAACUUUGCCUUAUUUGAUAAGCAACAUGAGGAAAUAAAUGAACAAAUUGAAGAAAAGUGGAGUAGUGGAUUACCGAUUCCUUUAUAUUUGCCUGAUCAAGAUUUAGGUGGUUCCAACAUUGUUACUUGGUUAUCUACAGCAGGAAUUUCAAAAUAUUUUGUUCGUUCUCAGUUUUCUGAGUUCCAUCGUGUUAUACUAGAACUACCAACCAUUAUUACAAACAAAAAUCAAAUGAAAAUUGUUUAUUAUUAUUUGGAUAGAUUAUUUAAAUGUUCUUUUGAGUAUGGCAUCUUUGAUCGUUUUAUAUUCAAUCCAAAAUUAAUUCAAUUAUUAUUUGGAAAAAUUUCCAAACAAUUUUAUCUUAUACAAUCGUUCCUAAUGUUUUCCAAGGCUUACAAUAGCAAAGAUUUUUUUAAUUUUGCUAUGAAUCAUACAAUCAGUUUGCUUUAUAGAGUCCAGUUUUACCAAUUAUAUCGUGAAAAUAAUAUUAAAGAAUAUGUAGAUAUUUUACAGAAAGUUUUAAUGAAUGGAGAUAAGUUUAACAAUGUUGUAAUAGUGUGCGGAAAUGGCAUGCCAAAACUUUCUGAUUUGGUUAUAAAUCAUAUUGAAACGUUAAAAGAUUGUUCAAAAAUGGCGGAUAAAAUUGUAUUAAAUAAUACCAAUAUUAAUAUUAUUACUACUUUAAAUGAAAAAGCUGAAUUGAUUGAAAAGGCACGUGAUUAUAUGUCAAAAUCAAUAUACAAACUUUCUAGCAAAUAUAAUCCAAAAAUUAAAUUCUCUAUUAGUAUAUUUGGUGGGGGACUUUUAAACAAAGAAAUUGAAAUUAAACGAAUUUAG